AUGGCGUACAAAAAACUUGUAUUCUUUGUAUACCUUUCAUUUCUGUUAUCCCAUACAAAUGGGAAGACUCAAACUCAACGUCUUUCCUCUAUUUACAAAUCAGGAAAGAUAAAAAACAGAAUUGGCAGUAGCCAUUACAUUUACAACAAUUUUGAAGAAGCUCAAGUUUAUUCACAGGAAGGGCUAAAAGAGAAUGAUCUAAUAAAGGGAUUGCCUGGCCAGCCACCGGUCCGGUUCAAGCAGUACGGUGGUUACGUGACCGUGAACCAGACCGCCGGCCGAGCUUUCUAUUACUACUUGGCUGAGUCUCAAAACUCUCCGAAUUCAUCGCCUCUCCUUCUCUGGCUCAAUGGAGGGCCUGGUUGUUCUUCAUUGGGGUAUGGAGCAAUGCAAGAAUUGGGACCCUUCCGCGUUCACAGUGAUGGCAAAACUCUCUACAAAAAUCCAUUCUCAUGGAAUCAAGGUGCAAAUGUGGUGUUUUUGGAGUCACCAGCGGGAGUUGGGUUUUCGUAUUCGAACACGUCGUCGGAUUUGAAUAGCAACGGGGACAGAAGAACAGCCGUUGACAACUAUAAUUUCUUGGUGAAUUGGUUCAACAGAUUUCCAGAAUACAAAGACAGGGAUUUCUACAUUGCAGGGGAGAGCUAUGCUGGCCAUUAUGCACCACAAUUGGCACAAACAAUUCUCUAUCACAAUCGUUAUUCCUCCAACACUACCACUAUUAUCAAUCUCAAAGGAAUUAUAAUCGGAAAUGGUUUUAUAAGCUCCGAGACAGACAUGAAAGGGAUGUACGAGUUCUGGGGCAGCCAUGCUCUAGUUUCAGAUGAAAUAACAGACCAAAUAAUGAAAUAUUGCUAUUCGUCGAGUAGCGAUAGCAUACAACAACAUGAUGCAUGCAAUGAAGCUAUUAAAGAAGCUAUCCCUUUAGCCAAUGCUGUCAACAAUUACAACAUUUAUGCCCCCACUUGCUUCAAUCAUAGCCUCACACAAAAUCCCAACAAGCCUUCCGUGUUGCAUAUGGAUCCUUGUACCGAUGAUUAUGUGGAUGCAUACUUGAAUACACCUCAAGUUCAAAAGGCCCUCCAUGCUAAUCUCACUAACAUCCCUUAUCCUUGGCAACGUUGCAGCGAUGAUGAAGUCUUUAGUUGGCAAGAUAUGCCUAGGACAGUACUUCCUCUUCUCAAGGAACUUAUGACGAGUGGGCUCCGAAUUUGGUUGUACAGUGGGGAUGUAGAUGGAAAUGUACCAGUUACUUCAACUAAGAACACAAUCAAAGACAUGAAACUUCCCAUCAAAAGUUCUUGGCGGACUUGGUAUGUUGAAGGCGAGGUUGGUGGAUUUACACAAGUGUAUGAAGGAGAGCUAACAUUUGCAACAAUAAGAGGGGCAGGACAUGAAGUACCUAGUUAUCAACCUGCUCGAGCUCUUUCCCUUAUCAACUCUUUUCUUGCUGGGAUUCAACUCCCUUAUUCUUCCACAGAUUACUAGUCUAUAUCCUUUUCACUUUUCAUCUCUAUUCCAUGGUUUGAUACUACUACAUCUACAAGUUCAACAACCAUUUUUCUUUUAUUUAUAAAAUAUUGGCAUCACCGUUUUUUGUUUC